UCGUUUGAUCGGUUUUUGAUCUGUUGGCCCCCUUAAUUUAUGCAAUCGGCUAGGUCGGCUUCAUAAAUUCACUUACACUUGUAUAGGAAUUUUAUUUGUUCCCUACCCCAGGUUCUGCUGUUUCUCAAGCGAUCUAGACCAGUAUAGCAAGUGUUUGGUAAAAGAAGAACCCAACCAAUCCAGAUCUACAGGGGUUUUCAGUGGAGCUUUAGUUGUGUAGUAUUUCAUUUUGAAUAGUAUAUAAAUAUUGUAAAAUGUUUCAAAAUCAUUCGAAUAGUCAAAUAGAAAACGUUUUCUUUCAUACUUUUCGACAUGCGAUAAUUAUUUAACUUUAACAAGUUGUACUGUGAUCGCAAAAGCUGAAUGAAACAAAAACCCCUGUACAAAUAAAGCUUCUCUUCGGCGGUGUGCACAUGACAAUAUCAACAACUGAUUAACAAGCGCGAUUUGGGUACUAGUGGUCCGUAUCUCAAGGUUUGAUUGCCGUGUCCAUCAUUCGUGCUUGUGCAGCAGCCGUAACCAGUCUCCGGAAGCUUCAGUUGAAUCGUGACCGUGUAUCACCCUCUCCCCAAAAUGUCAUCGAUCGUACGCAAAGUGAUCUCCACCAAGAAGUGCCCGAAAGCAGUGGCACCGUACAGCCAAGCCAUCGUGGCUGACCGCACUGUGUACUGUUCCGGUGUUCUCGGUAUGGAGCUGGAUACGCUGAAGUUGGUACCGGGCGGUGCAGCAGCACAAACCGCAAAAGCGCUUGAACAUUUGACCACCCUGCUGUCCGAGGCGGGAUCCGGAAUUGAUAAGGUUGUCAAAACGACCGUUCUGAUCGGCGAUAUGAACGAUUACGCCACCGUCAACGAGGAGUACAAGAAAGUGUUCAGCAGCAGCUUUCCAGCACGAACAUGCUACGGAGGCAUCAAGUUGCCUCUCGGUGCUGCCGUGGAGAUAGAGGCCAUCGCGCUAACCGGUGCCGUGGUAAACAUUUCCGAAUGACUGGAUUCGAAAAUGUAGAAUAGCGAUGGUCAAACCGGGUGAUCGAUCCGGUGAACUAAUGGCUUGCGGUUACGGUUAGCGUUUCUACAUCUUUCUCGUUGCAGCACUAUGGAACAUACAUUUGCCAACAGUGAGGCAAUUGGUUUAGCAUAGCCGUAAUAAAUGGUAAACAAAUCGUA